CUGUAAAAAUGAAAAUGCAACGUAUUUUUUUGUAUAAAAGUUGAUGGGAUUCCAAAAUUAUCCAUCAUUCAUAACUGGUCUGUACCUCUACAAGGAAUCGAUUUUGUGGAAUUCAGCAAACAAUUUUUAUUUGCACUAACAACAUGGUUUUCAAGUUUGUAUUCGCUCUUACCCUCGUCGCUUUGGCCAGCGCUGGUUAUGCUCCCGCUGCCUAUCAUGCAGCACCCGUUGCUGUCCACACUGCUCCUGUUGCUGUGGCCCAAAAGGUUGUUGUCAAAUCCGAAGAAUACGAUCCUCAUCCUCAAUACAAAUUCAGCUAUGGUGUCGACGACAAAGUGACCGGCGAUUCCAAGAGUCAAACUGAAGAACGUGAUGGUGAUUUUGUUCGCGGUGCAUACUCAUUGAUCGAUUCUGAUGGUUACAAACGUACCGUCCAAUAUACCGCUGAUGCUGUCAAUGGUUUCAAUGCCGUAGUUAGCCGCGAACCCUUGGCCGUUAAGGCUGUUCACUAUGCUGCUCCAGCUGCUGUCGUGAAAACAGUUGCACCAGUGGCCCACUAUGCUGCUCCAGCUGCUGUUGUUAAGACUCAUUAUGCUGCCCCCACCGUGGCUGCUUAUGCUGCUCCCGCUGCUGUUGUUAAGACUGCCCACUAUGCCGCCCCCACAGUGGCUACCUAUGCUGCCCCUGCUCACUACAGCACAUACGGAGCACCAGUAUACAAUUACCAUCAUUGAGCCAAUGUUUUGCUAACCCAAAUCGCUUAACUGUUGUAGAGUUUUAAACGAUUGUUAUUUUU